AUGAAGUUCUCCACUCUAUCCACCUUUGCCGCCACGGCAGCCCUGGCCUUCGCGGCACCCACUGCUACGGUUAAGAAACGUGCUGAUAUGUGUGGUCAAUGGGAUUCCCUAGCAACCGGAUCCUACACUCUCUAUCAGGACCUCUGGGGUAUGUCCUCAGGCACCGGUUCCCAAUGCUCCGGCAUUGACAGCCUGAGUGGUAGUACUCUAAAGUGGCAUACCAAAUGGUCGUGGUCCGGAGGAUCAGGCCAAGUAAAAUCGUAUGCCAACGUCGUAACCACCAUUUCCCAAAAAGCCUUAUCGUCCAUCUCCUCCCUCCCAACAACAUGGUCCUGGUCCUACACCGGCACCUCCGUCAUCGCAAACGUAGCCUACGAUCUUUUCACCUCCUCCACUGCCUCUGGCUCCGCCCAAUACGAAAUCAUGAUCUGGCUCGCAGCUCUAGGUGGGGCCGGUCCUAUCUCCUCCACCGGGUCACCUGUUGCGACAGUAACUCUCGCAGGUGUCAGCUUCAAACUAUACAGCGGAAUGAAUGGCUCAAUGAAGGUAUUUAGUUUCGUCGCGAGUUCGCAGGCGACUAAUUUCUCGGGGGAUUUGAUGGCUUUUGUCAAUUAUUUGAGUACAAAUCAGGGGUUGAGCAAAAGUCAGGUGCUGCAGAGUGUGGGUGCGGGCAGUGAGACGUUUACAGGAAGUGGGGCGGUUUUUACCACGACGGGGUAUAGUUUGAGUUUGAAAUAG